ACAAACACAUACCGGUGCUGUUCAUCAUGAAUGCUGUUCAUAAUCGAUAAUAAUUAAUCGUGCACGGCUCGUUUAUUUCGUGCAUUUUCUUAUUUUUACAUUUUAUGAUGCUUCAGGGCGUGCAUUUGAAUCGCUGCAUGGUCGCGGGCGCAGUGCAGUUCCGAUUGUUUUUAUUGUUAUGUUCUUUACAUCUUUCUUUAAGAUGCACUGCACAUGGCGAGGACAUUCAUACUGAUGAACGCUGGCAUGGAGACUCAUCUCGUAUCCAUGACAACACGGAGCACUUUAUCACUUAUCCACAGUGGAUCAGCCCUGCCAGACAUAAAAGAUCUCAUGAGGGCACUAAGCAUCCAUCUGAGGCAGAGGUCAAACUUACUGUGGGAGAUGAAGAUCUGAUUCUACAACUCCGGAGAAAUGAGGAGCUGUUCUCCUCUGAAUAUCAGGAGAUAUGGUACAAUCCGAAUGGAGGCCGUCAGUUUUCCAGGCCUUCCAACAGGGAUCACUGUUAUUAUCAUGGGUCAGUCAAAGGGAUCCAGGGGUCAGGUGUGGUCUUCAGCACCUGUGCUGGACUCAGGGGCAUGAUAACAGUCAAUAACAGCGUGAGCUACAUGAUCGCACCGCUAGCUAACCAAACACACUCUCAGGGACAUGCCAUAUUCAACGCUCAGAGCCUGAAACUGCCAGUGGGCACCUGUGGACACUACCAUGGAGACGGGAAUCACUUGGAAAGCCUUCAAGAGCUGAUUGAUGUCAUGGCAAAGCCUCAGCAGACCAAUAGGGAAAGAAGGGAUGUCAGCAGUAGCAUGAAAUACGUGGAGCUCAUGGUGGUGGCUGACCAUGCAGAGUUUGUGAAGCACGGUCGGGACCUUGAAAGAACCAAAACAAAGCUGCUUGAAGCAGCUAACUUUGUGGAUAAGUAUUACAAAUCACUAAACAUCCGUGUGGCUCUGAUCCGGUUGGAGAUCUGGAAUGAUCAAGACAAGAUCACUGUGACCAACAACCCCUACAGCACCCUGGGUGCAUUUCUGGCCUGGAGGAGGAAACAGCUGCCACAGCUGCCCAAUGACAACGCUCAGCUAGUAACGGGUGUGUCGUUUCAGGGCACCAUCAUUGGUCUGGCUCCCCUUAAAGCCAUGUGUUCUGAAUACCAGUCUGGUGGAGUCAAUUCGGACCACUCUAACAGUGCUGUGGGUGUCGCUGCCACCAUGGCUCAUGAGAUGGGGCAUAACUUUGGUAUGAGCCACGAUAGUCCAGGCUGCUGUCUCGCUCAGCCUGAGGAUGGAGGCUGCAUUAUGGCUGCUGCCACAGGGGAUCCAUUCCCUCGUGUCUUCAACCCCUGCAAUCAGAAAGAGCUGAAGCGUUACCUGAGCUCUGGCGGGGGGAAGUGUUUGUUCAACCCUCCCAACACCAGGGUCAUGUACGGGGGCCAGCGUUGUGGAAACGGAUACCUGGAGGAAGGAGAAGAGUGUGAUUGUGGAGAAGUGGAGGAGUGCUCAAGUCCCUGUUGUAAUGCCAACAACUGCACGCUGAAGAUCGGAGCCGAGUGCGCACAUGGAGUUUGCUGUCAUGAGUGCAAGCUGAAGAGUCCAGGAGUGAUGUGCCGUCCACCUUCAGGCUCCUGUGACCUGCCUGAGUACUGUGAUGGGAAAUCAGAGUCCUGUCCUGCUAACUUUUACUUGGUGGAUGGCAGCAGUUGCGCGGGUGGCAGUGCCUACUGUUACACAGGAAUUUGUCUGACGCUGGAGCAGCAGUGCCUCUCUCUCUGGGGCAAAGAUGCCCGUCCUGCUCCCGAUCUUUGCUUUACUGAGGUAAAUAAAGCAGGUGAUCCCUAUGGAAACUGUGGCAGUUUCAUGGGUACAUACAAGAAAUGCACUGAAAGGAAUGUUAAAUGUGGGAAGAUUCAGUGCAUGAGCGCUGCCAGCAAGCCUUUAGAAUCCAACGCCGUCGCCAUAGACACCAACAUCCGGAAUGGUCAACAGAAGAUCCUGUGUAGAGGGACACAUGUGUACCAGCGCGGUCAGGGUAAUGAGGACCAGAGUGACACCCUAGACCCGGGCCUGGUUCAGACUGGGACCAAAUGUGGGGAGAAUGCGAUCUGUUUUGAAGGGGAAUGUCGCAAUGCGUCCUUCCUGCAAGCCGAUGAAUGCAGUUCCAAAUGUCAUGGCCACGGCCUUUGUAAUAAUAACCACAACUGUCAUUGUAACUCGGGUUGGGCGCCACCGUUUUGUGAGACGUUGGGUUCAGGAGGAAGUUUGGACAGUGGGCCUGUGAUCGCACACAGCAAUCUUUAUCUUGUCCUGGUUCUCCUGAUCCUGUUUUUCCUUCUGGGAUUGGCUGUCCUUAGUGUCGGUUGGUGCCGCUGCAAACAAAAGCUCCUUCCCACCAAAAGCCCCACCCUUCCUGCUACCCAAAUAUGCAUCAAUGUUCCAGACACCCCUGAGACUAAAAGUCACACAACAGGUCACGCCAACCCAGUGUUCCUGCCAAAGAAACCACAUGCUGAUGAACAGGCUAGUCCUCGAGCGAGUCCUACAGGUCCACCCAGAUCCAGACAUUCUGUCGUUCGACCCACUGCCAAGCCACCUCCAAUCCCAGCCUACGCUGCACACAAGCAGAGUUUACAACAUUCAGAGCCAUCCCAGCAGUCUCCAUCAGCACCUCCCAAACCAAGACCGCUACCACCCAACAGACCCCCUCCACCCUGUCCCAUAACCAAACCCUCCCAGGGUGCAGAGAUGCUGCCGAAUGGCCUGCCAGUGUCACCAGCCAUGUUGCAGAAAGGGAAAGCCAAUCUGAUGCCCCCUACUGGGCCCUUCCAAAAUGUCAGGUUCCAAAGGGAAGUUUCUGGAAAGAGCUGAGUCGCAGUGAAGCUCAAUGGAGCGAUAUAUCGAUCAACUCUGCACCUUUAAGAUGUCCUUAAGAGUCACCAAUCAAACUGCCUCACUCAUAGUGAUGCCCGCCUUAUUGACUAGAACACAGAAUGAAGGAUACCUUCCAAAGU